AUGGGGAGGCUGUUUAUUGUGAAUCUUGAAGGGAAGAUCUAUAGUUGCAAGCACUGCAGGACCCAUCUUGCUCUCUAUGAUGAUAUUGCUUCAAAGUCUUUCCACAGCAGGCAUGGGAAAGCUUAUCUCUUCAAUAAGGUAGUGAACAUCUCUGUGGGAGAGAAGGAAGAUAGAAUGAUGAUCACUGGGCUGCAUACUGUUGCUGACAUUUUCUGUGUUGGUUGUGGAUCAAUUGUGGGUUGGAAAUAUGAGACUGCACAUGAAAAGGGCCAGAAGUACAAGGAAGGAAAAUCUGUCCUUGAGCGGUUUAAGAUGUCUGGUCCCGAUGGAAGCCAUUAUUGGGUGAAUCAUGAACACCACCACAUCGGUGGAAGUGAUGCAGAUGACAUUUGA